UUACAUUUUGCUGCGGCCAUAACGAGUGGAGAUGAGGAAGUGAGCCUGGAAGUGAGUUGGCCAGCGGGACUUUUCCGGACUUGUCACAGUUUUUCUCCGCUCCACCAUGGCUGCGGGACUGAAGGACAUGAAGAGGGUCUUUUCGAAGGAGAAAACCUUUCGACCAAAGAAGAAGUUCCAGCAGGGAACUAUGAGGUACCAGCUACACAAGCACGCCCAGGCGACGCUGAGUGGCGGGAGGGACCUUCGGGAGGCCGUCCGGCUGCCGCACAGGGAGGAUUUGAACGACUGGGUGGCCGUACACGUUGUCGACUUUUUCAACAGGAUAAACCUCAUCUAUGGCACCAUCAGCGAUUUCUGCACCGAUGAGAGUUGCCCGACCAUGUCAGGUGGACCCAGGUACGAGUACAGGUGGGCUGAUGACCACAACUACAAGAAACCCACCAUGGUUCCUGCCAACAAGUACAUCUCCCUUCUUAUGGACUGGAUUGAGUCCAACAUCAACAAUGAAAACAUCUUUCCUCUGGACACUUCUACACCAUUCCCCAAGAACUUCUUGCCCCUUUGUAAGAAGAUGUUGACACGACUGUUCAGGGUGUUCGUACACGUGUACAUCCACCAUUUUGACAGGGUGGUCGCCAUUGGCGGGGAGCCUCACGUCAACACCUGUUACAAGCACUUCUACUUCUUUGUCACUGAGAAUAACCUGGUAGAGAAGAGGGAACUAGAACCUUUGGCUGAUAUGACAAGACGUCUAUGUGGACACUGAAAAAAGUGAAAUAAUACUAAUGAAGAAGUUGCUACGAAAUUUUAGAUAUGACAUAUUUUGUAGGUUGGAAUUAGUUACUUGUUAAGCUAAUUAAAUAUCAAAUUACUAGUAGAUACCGGUAUUGGAAGUAAGAAUUUUGGUGAUUAUUGCGAUAAAAAUCUGAUUAUUUACUUGCCUAUCUUAUAAGAAAGCUUGGCACGUUUAGUUUGGAGACAAGUUGUGUAAAUAAUCGAUGAUGAAAAAGAUUCUAUUUUCAAAACAUA